CGGAUUCAGGCAAUUGCAUCAUUCUUCAAGAUCAUUACCCGACAACUCCCCUGCUCCAUACGUCCUAGUCUGAUACGGAUAUCCAACUUAGUCACGAUGCGAGCUGUUGUUUUCAAAGGAGUCAAGCAAGUUGCGCUUGAGGAUCGGCCUAAGCCCGUCAUUCAGCAUCCCGCCGAUAUCAUCGUCAAGGUCAAAUACACAGCGCUAUGCGGCAGCGAGCUUCAUGUCUUUCGCGGACAUCAACCCUCCGGAACUGGAUUCAUCAUGGGCCAUGAAUUCACUGGCCUGAUCGAUGAAAUUGGUUCCGAUGUCAAGAACCUGAAGGUGGGCGACGCCAUCGUCAGUCCUUUCACCGUGAGCUGCGGAGAGUGCUUCUUUUGUUCACGUGGAUUUUCCUCCCGUUGUGAUAAAAGCCUUCUCUUUGGCACUGCGCUUCUUGACGGGGCGCAGGCCGAGUACGUGAGAAUACCCUAUGCCGAGACCACCGUUGUCAAGGCUCCGAAAGAGGUGGAUGACGUCAAACUUUGUCUGAUGGCUGAUAUCUUUCCGACCGGCUGUUUCGCCGCAGCCAACGGUCUCAGCCAUCUCGACAAGAAGCAUGUUGAGGAUAGCCUCGUUGUGGUCAUUGGUUGUGGCCCGGUUGGUAUUUGUGCUCUGAUUGCUGCACUCGAGUACAAGCCUAAAGCCAUCCUGGCGGUAGACGGCAUCGAGCCGAGACUGGAUCUUGCCAAAAGCCUCGGUGCUGAGCCAUGGAACUACCUCACACAGAAAGACGAGUUGGAACAACGUGUCAAGGAGUUGAGUGGCGGCCGUGGUGCCGACGUGGUCAUUGAGGUCGUGGGACACAGUUCUGCGCUCAAGAUGGGUUUCGAGCUUCUUCGGCCCUGGGGCACCAUCUCUAGCGUCGGUGUUCACAAUGGCGAGAUCCCGUGGACUGGAAACCAGGCUUAUGGCAAGAACCUCACCAUCAAGAUGGGAAGAUGCCCAGUUCGAAGCGUCUUCACCGAGGCAUUGGAACUACUCGCAAAGAAACAGCAUCUACUAGAUUUCAUGACGGCGACGGUGAUGCCUCUGAGCAACGCCCUUGAAGGAUACGAGUUGUUCGACUCAAUGAAAGUCCAAAAGGUCAUAUUUGAUGCUGAGAAGUAA